AUGACACUUUCAAAGAGCAAUGGCGGUUUGGGCAUCAGGGAUAUACAGGCAUUUAACGAUGCUUACCUGGCCAAGAUAAGCUGGCGACUGAAGGAAAACCCAGACUGCCUCCUAGGGAGAAUACUCUUAAGCAAGUACUGUCCCGAUGGGAACCUCCUCACAUGUUCCGCGCCGAGUGCAGCCCCUCAUGGUUGGCAAAGCAUUCUGGUGGGGAGGGACUUAUUGGCUAAAAAUCUGGGAUGGAUAGUAGGGAAUGGGGAUUCAAUCAAGGUCUGGAAUGAUGCAUGGUUAACGCUUGAUUCUCCGUGCCGACCAAUGGGCCCAGCAACUAGAGAAUCAGCUGAGUUAACGGUCAAAGAUCUCAUCCUAGAGGAGACCGGCGAGUGGAACAGAGGUCUGAUCCAGACUAUCCUACCGUUUGAAGAAGAAAGGAUUCUCAACCUUCAACCUAGUACUAAAGGAGCACCUGAUGCGUUAAAAUGGUUAGGAACAAGAACAGGGGAGUACUCGGUCAAGUCAGGAUAUUAUACCGCCAUGGCAGAAGUAACAGAUGAGAUUCUAGAAGGAGAGCCUACCCCGGAGUUUGAUUGGAAGAAGACGGUUUGGAAUUUGGCAGUGGCCCCGAAGGUGAAGAUGUUUAUGUGGAAGUGUCUGAGGGGGAUCCUCCCGGUAGGAGAGAGACUGCUGGCCAGACAUAUAAACAUCAACCCCGCCUGUAAGCGGUGCGGGAACUCAGAAUCUAUCAAUCAUCUUAUUUUCCAUUGUCCGUUUGCUCGGGAAGUGUGGGAUCUCGCUCCUCUCGACGGACGGUUUGGAAUUAGCGGAUUGACAGAUUUGAGAGCUGACUGGACCGAGUUCCAGGCGCAGAAGUGCCUCCCCCCAACAGGUUUAUCUUCCUCUCCGAUUGUUCCUUGGAUUAUAUGGGGUUUGUGGAAAGCACGGAGCAGGUAUGUCUUUGAGACCUUUGCUGGGACUCCGGCAGACAUACUAUCGCAGGCAAUAGUGGCAGCAAAAGAGUGGGCCUCAGCGCAGGAAAAGAAAGCUAAAUGUAGCCAAAAGAUCCCGGAGCAGACGUCUCGUGCGCUUGGUACGAUAGCUCGGUCGGACGCUGCAUGGUCAGAGACCACAAAAAAUGCAGGGCUAGGGUGGACGGUAACAUCGCGAGAACAGAGGACCAUGCUAAAGAAAGGGAUUGGUUUUACUCCCUCAGCCCUAGUUGCAGAAGGCUUAGAGCUGAAGGAAUCGGUAGCUACUUGCAGCUCCCAUGGAGUGAAGGAAGCAUUGUUUGAAUCGGAUUCGAGCCAGCUGAUUUCGGCUAUCAAUGGUGAUAACCCCCCCUUGGAGCUGUAUGGAAUUGUGGAAGAUAUCCACAUUAUUGCUAGUGCUUUUGAUGAUGUUGUAUUUGGUUGGAUCUCGAGAGAGAGGAAUGAGGAGGCUGAUUUACUGGCCAAAAAUGCCUUAAGAUUGUAUGAACAAGAGGUGGUUGUGGCUUUAAUGCCCCCACCAAACUAG